AUGACGGAAGAACAAAUAGACCGCCUCUUCGAAAAAGUAAAAGGCGAGAUGGAAAGCCAGACAGAAAAAAUACUGGACAGAAUGGAUACAAAAUUACAACCUAUCAUAGAAGAGAACAAACAACUUAAACUUAAGGUGGAAAACUUGGAAAAAAAGGUGGAAUUUCUAGAUAGAGAGAAAAGAAACAACAAUAUUAUUAUUCAUGGUUUACAAGAGGAUGAAAAAUCUACGGGACAAUUGCUACAAAACGUCAAGACGAUACUCAAAGAUUACAAAAUAAUGGUAGAAGACCAUGAAAUAAAUAAGAUACAUCGCAUCGGAAAGGAGGCUAGAGACGAAAAAUCCAGGCCAAUACUCCUAGGUCUUGUUAGCAAUAGAAAAAAAGGAGAAAUUAUGAGGAAUAAAAAGAAGUCAAAGAAAUUAUACAUGUCAGAAGAUUAUUCAAGAGAAAUCAUGGAAAAAAGAAAGGAACUCCAAUCUAAAUUAAUAGAGGAACGAAAUAAGGGAAACAUUGCCUACCUACUACAAGAUAAACUCAUAAUCAAGGAAAAUACGAACACCAAGGAAAAAAACGAUAAGUGGAAAAGGCAACCAUCCACUUCACCACAAACCGAAUACCAACCAAGGAAACAGCCAACCUUAAAUACACAAAAGACCAGCAGUGCAAAUGCUUAUGAUGUGCUGCGAGCACGGAGCAAUACAUUAAACAGUAGACCUUCGUUGCAACAAAAUUUUGAAAUAACCCGUAAAGUAGUAAACUACAGUACUAACCUUAUUGGGUUAAAAGUCAACAGCAGUCUCUUCGUACACGCAAAAUCGGCCGGCAAUGACCCGAAAAUAAAAGUCGCCCUGAAGCUGUUUGAGGCAUGA